AAGAAAUUGCACGUGUGUGUAGAGAAAUUGAAAACAAUUCUUGUUAUAGAAACUUUUAAAUCUCUUAUUUCAUACGUUUUGUAAAGUUAUUACUUGAUUUUAAUUCGCAUCUCAAUCGUGUUUGUUAAAAUCACCUUAAACCCAACUGUUACAUAUAAAAUAACAAUAUUUUUUGCAAACAGUUCAGGUUGCUGUAGUGGCAAAUUUAAAUUGUUGAAAAUUUAGUGAAUUUACCUUCUUGGUUUCUUUAUUUUGAAAAAAUAGUUUUGUAUUUUGCUUGCAUUGCAAGGCAAAUCAGAUUACUUUUUUGAAAGUGCUCAAGGUUUAAAAAUGAUUAAAAGUACUAAGAAAGAGCCUACAAAAAUAGACAAAGCUGCAGCUAAGCUGAUAAAGUUGAGGAAAAAAAGAAUAAUUGUUCGCAAUUUAUCAUUUAAGGUAUCAGAAGAUGAUUUAAAACAGAUUUUUUCAAAAUAUGGAAAUGUCCUUGAUGUUAAAAUACCAUUAAAAGCAGAUGGCAGAAAAAGAGGAUUUGCUUUUGUUCAGUUUGAUAGUACAAAUGCCUUAGUAAAUUCAAUGAAAGAUUUGAAUUACAAACCAAUUCAUGGUCGCCCUAUUGCUAUUGAUUAUGCAAUUGAUAAAACACAAUACCAGCUGAAAAUGCAAAGUGUGAAGAUGGAAAAGGAAACUGUUAAUGAUGUGGAUACAACUGAAAUAAAACAAGAAGUUAAAUCAGAAUCAGAAGAAGAAGAUGAUGAUGACAAAGCUGAUGACGAUAAAAAUUCUGUGACUUCUGGAACAGAUGAAUCUGUUGAUGAGAAAAGAGCAAAUAAGUUCUUAAAAGAAUUUGGAAUGGAAGAGGACGCUGGAAGUGUAUCUGAUGAUUCUGAGGAUUCUGAUGACGAUAAUGAAAUCUCUGACAAUGAAGCUGUGUCUAAAGAAUCUAGUGCUCCAAAAAAUCAAAGAAAUUCUGGCAAAAAAAUUUCUCAGGAUGUUUCUGAAGGCAAAACAGUGUUUAUUAGAAAUGUCUCUUUUUCUACAACAGAAGAAGAUCUCGAAGAACUUAUGGAAGAAUAUGGGGAAUGUGAAUAUUGCUUACUUUGUAUUGAUAAACUUACAGAACAUCCAAAAGGAACUGCCUUUGUGAAGUUUAAAGAAAAGGAUGCUGCUCAAAAACUAGUCACAGAUUCUGAAAAGGAUCCUGGAAUCUUUUUAGAUGGCAGGAAACUUACUUGUAAUUAUGCAAUGUCUCGUGAAGAUAUUACUCAAAAAAAUGAUGCCACCAAAAAACCCAAAGAUAAACGAAAUUUGAAUCUUCUGAAAUGCAGUGUAAUAAUUCCAGGCUCUAAGGAAGCAGAAGGUGUGUCUCAAUCAGAUAUGGCCCAUCGAUUGCAGCUUGAAAUGUUUAAAAAGGAAAAGCUGAAGAAUACUAAUUUCUGUGUCUCUGAUAACAGAUUAAUCAUUCACAAUUUGCCUGAAACAUUAAAAGAUGGUGAACUUCGUAAGUUGUGUAAAACAGCUGCAGGAAAAGGAGCUGUUGUUACAGAGGCAAGGGUAAUGAGAAAUUUUAGAAACAUUGAUGCUAAAGGUGUUCCCACUUCGAAAGGAUUUGGUUUUGUAAGCUUUGUACGCCAUGAAGAUGCUCUGAAAGCUUUGCAACAUCUUAAUAAUAAUCCUAAUAUCUUUACUUUUCAUAAGAGGCCAAUUGUAGAAUUUUCCAUAGAAAAUAAAGUUGCUUUAUUAUCUAAAGAAAGAAGGAAAGAAAAAAUUCAAAUGAGAAACAAGAGACGUACUGAAGAAAAGAAUGAAAGAAAAGCAAAAGCAAAUGAAUCUGGUGAAAUGAAAAUGAACUCAAGUUUGAACACAUCAGUUUCAUCUAAAGAAAAAAAGGGCAAGAAAAGGAAGAAAGCAGACAAAACUCAGAGCAAAAGAAAGAAUAAAGCUUUGAAGUUGCAAUCAAAUAAACCAUUAGAAAAACAAAAAUCAAGCCCUUCACAAAUUGUGAAAAAGAAAGAGAAGAAGCAACUUCCACAGAAAAGCAACCAGAAGACAGCAAUAAACAAAGAAAUCAGAGACAGUAUAUCCACAUUGGCGAAUAAAUAUAAAAAUAAAUUAUUAAAUAAAUUAUCUUAAGUUAUUGCAUUUUGUUUUUUGUUUUUUUUCUUGUAAUUUAAAACAUACUUUGAUUGUUCAAAGGUCACUUACAGACUUGACUCCAUCUUUAAUGUUUUAAAUUAAAAGUGCACAGUAAAUAAAAUAAACUUAUUUUUUAAUCAAAAAGAGUUAUUCCUUAUGUGUUGAAGUAAUUAGAUUUUAAACAAUAGAAUAUGAUUUUAAACAUAUUUUACAAUUGUUAUAAUUUCUUUCUGAAACUGUUCAAUCCCGUAAAAUUUUAAUUACCAACUUGCAACAGCCUUCAUUAAUAACAUGCUCUGUGAUGAAUAUGGGCUCUGCAUCAGUUGUAUAAAAUCUUUUAAAGUGUUCAACUGUGAGAGUACUACUUAUAUUGCUACAGAAUAUAAGAUCUUCUAUAUUUUCUAUUUAUGUUAUGUUUUGCUAUUAUUUGUAUAAGUUGUACAUUGC